AUGCGCACUGUUCCAGCAUUGGAGAGGAUCGAGGGAGAUGGAAGCUCUUAUAAAACGGGAUUCUUUCUACUUAUAUUUGGAGUUUCCUUUCUAUCCGCUGGAGUCAUUAUUGCUACCUUUGGGUUCCAGUCAUGUGAUCGUAAUGGUGGCAGCUGCAAUGUGAUUCUAAAGGCAACCGGACCAAGUUUGUGUGGCAUUGCAUUGGUAUUCUUACUCCUAGCGCGAUCCAAGUCUCUGGUGAAUCUGAGGCAGCUGGCCCAAUCAGCAGAUCAAAGAUGCUUUCUGUCAUGCAGUGAGCAGGACACUUUUGCUCGUUUCCUUAUUUUUGGCAUCCUCUUUUGUUUCAGCGGAGUGCUGUUGACUAUGAUCGGAGUUUGGGCAAUCAGCUGCCCUGGCACCAAGGAAGGUGAAGGAUUCAAUUUAAAGAGUAAAACUAAUGGAAAUGAGAAAUGUAAACUACUCUUCUUGCAAAUUAUGGGCCCAGUGGUAACAUUUAUUGGUAUUUGCUUCUUGCUAAUUGCCCAUGUCAAAAAGAAGGUAACAUUAAAUCCAGAAGAAGAAUGCCCAUCCAGAAGUAAUCAACAGCCACAUAGAUCAGGACCAUGUCAAAUAGCAAUAGGUAAGUGA